CUAUCGAAUGAAUAAGCGACACGUUCAUUUAGUUGCACGAUUUACAGUGAGAAGAUGGCCGAUACAAUUGAAUUAAAAGAAACAACAAACAAAAGUACUCUUGCAAAGACAAAAAAAGAUGGAAAGAGAGGACGAAUUAGGCCUAGAAAUUACAAUCUAGGGAAUGGUGUUUAUAGAUUUAGUCGUACCCGCAUGUUUCAUAAGAAAGCCAUCUAUAAAUUCAUUGAUAAGAAAACUCCAAAAACUGUUAAGCCUAAAAAACCAAUCACCAUUGAAAAGAAGAUUAGUGGUGAUAAAAAUGGAGAGAAACGAAUAGUAUUAUUAAAAAAGAGGCGUGCAAAUUAUCCUACUGCAGAUCCAGUAACAGUGCAUCAUGCUAAGAAGUGUUUCCGUGAUCAUCACCGGUAUUUGAGACCUUCAUUGAAAUCGGGAACUAUUUGUAUCCUACUAGCUGGCAUUCAUAAGGGAAAACGUGUUGUUUUCCUGAAGCAACUUAAGAGUGGUUUACUCUUAGUCACAGGUCCUUUUUUGAUCAAUGGUUGUCCACUUCGUAGAGUUAGCCAGAAUUAUGUAAUCGCCACGUCCACGCGUAUCAAUAUUUCUGGUUUAAAGAUUCCGGCCCACAUCAAUGACGAUUAUUUCAAAAGAAAACGCGAGAAACGCGCGAAGAAGGAAGAAGGAGAUAUUUUCAGUAAAAAGAAGGACGAAUAUAAACCAAAUGAUCAGAGAAAGGCUGAUCAAAAAUUGGUUGAUAAAUUUAUAAUCGUUGCUAUUAAGAGAAACAAGGAGAAAAAAACAUUAUUCACGUAUUUAUCAGCGAUGUUUGGACUGAGGAGCAGCCAAUACCCACACAGAUUAAAAUUUUAAUCUUUUGUGAUUUGAUUACAAAUGUAUAUAAUAAGAAAUAAAAUAAAUUCUUUUGAAAACCUUGAUUAUAAAUAAUCAUAA